AUGCCACAGCAACAUGGCUUUCCAACAGUUAGCCGCCUCUUUCUCCUCUCCAUCCUCUGGUUCAUAAGCGCACCCGUUAACGUUGAAGCAGCAGCUGCCAGACAUUCCCGCGCGAGGGCCUUCAUAGAGGCCUCAUGCAGGUCUACCCUCUAUCCAACGCUCUGCGUCAAAACCCUCUCCAACUUUGCCGACAACUUAAACCAAUUUCAAGCUAUAAGCCCACAGCAACAACUAGCUCAACUGACCUUGUCCGUCGGCCUCGUGAAGGCCCAAGGCACCAGGGAGUUCUUGUCAAACACAACCACUAACAUGAAGGGAAUCAUGUCCCACAGCGGCUCCCUGGAUCUGGCAUAUUGUUUGGAUCAAAUAAAUGAUGGCGUGACGCAGCUGGGACGGUCGAUUCAAGAACUCCGGCGCUUGGCUACGCGUCGACAACGGCGUCGAACUGGAUCCAUCGACAGCAGUGAUGACCCCACCUGGCACAUUAGCAACAUCCAGACAUGGCUCAGCGCCGCCCUCACCGAUGCCAACUCCUGUCUUGACGGGUUCUCUGGGCGUGGCUUGGGCAGCAACGUGAAGGCCGCGGUCAAGGCGAAGGUCUUGAAUGUGGCACAGGUCACCAGCAACGCACUGGCCUUGUUUAACCAUUUCGCUGCAAUGUACCGAACCACCAGUACAUCUACUGUUGCCACCAAGUACAAGCCCUGA